AUGUUCGACACUAUGCGACCCUAUAGGGAUAAAGAUGACAGGGAGGACAGACGACCAGGUAACUAAAGCAUCCAACAGUAAUUCCUGGCAAAUUGUUGGUUUGCACUUGACGUCACGGCGGCCAUUUUGGUACUCAAGAACAAAAACGGUUCUUCCCUCUGAGAAUUAAACUCCAUUUUCACGUGAAUUCUUUGAGAAAAAUUCCAUUCUAUUGAGCACCAAUAUAUCCGCCUUGUCACGUAGAUGCAAACCAAGAAUAGAUAAUUUUGCCUCACGUGGUCGGCAGCUUGGUAAAUUUAGUAAAACAAAAAAGUUUUUACAUGAGAAAAAAGUUCAGUUCGUACACGAUUUUCCUGUACACCAACAUGGCCGCAGUUUUAUUAUUUUGUACACCAAUAUGACCGCCUUAACGUGAUGCCACUCCAGAUAGAACCUUUUUCUUCCUGGAUAUUCUAACCAACCCCAUAAUUUCACAAAGUUAUUAUUUGUGACGUCAUCACUCCUUUUCUAUAUUGCCCAUGCACCUGUUUCAUCCCACAGAAAGAGAUACCAAUGUUUUCCUCUACACCAGUGUAGUUACUAAUAAUUAAUUCAUAUUUCUUGAUGUCGUUCUCGUUUCAAUACCCAACCAGCUGCUACGACCUUUAUAGGAAAAGAGAUAAACAAGCAAAAGAAUAAAGGAUUACUGGCAGCCGCUGUACAGAGUGAGGACGACAAACAAACGGAAUACCCUUCUGAUGACUCCGUUGCAGAAGGUGAGCUGCCUUCAACAGUAACUAAGCAAACGCACUAACACUCUCGGCAUAGUUACGCCCAGUAUAACGAAAAUAUCACUUUCAAAAAUAUCUUUCCAAACCUACACUUGAUAGUUAAAAAAUUGAGGCAUUGCCAUGACAACCUUCAAAAAGUCUAGAUGAUGAUAAUUGGGCUGACAAAAAUGAGCUGACAACAAAUAUCAGCAUAACCACCCGCGAUGGGCCACUAGCUAUCGUGUAGACAGAUUACGGGUACGGGAACGAGGGAAACAGACCGAACGAUGAAAGUCUGUUAGUCUACAGAUAAAUCUAAUAGAGCGAUAAAAAAAAUCAAAACUCACUUGGCCCCUUAUAGCUGUCUUUAAAGGUUAUGUCUAUGCCGUACCGGAUAGCUCAUAGUGCCGACAUGAAAAGAGUUCCGGGACAGUAUGAACGGUAACAAGCCGUUCACACAAAAUAAGGCGCGUCUUUCAUUAUAGGUGCGUCCUAAAUAACACACAAACUACCCCGCAUAAAGAGAAACAAAUAUAGAGCCUGAUCUCAGGUUACGUACAGUACUGCAAUAUGUAACAGAACUUCAGCGUUUCCGUGUAAACGGGUUGCCCGGUUCAAACAAUUGUGCAACUUGUUUUACAACAUUAUUGCUGCAAAACGAGUUGGAAAGCGAAGUUGCACGGUUUACCACCCAGGAAAACAAAGCUUGCAAUAUUAUUUUUUGCAACACAGUUUAGAACAUUCAGCUAGUUUUGCAGCAAUGUUGCAAUCCAGGUUGCAUGUUUUUUGUUGCCCAUUUGACUGUAGCUUGAGACAUUUGUUUUCCCUGCAUGUGCAUGUUAUCAACCAAAGAUGGCUCACGAAAAUCUCUUGAGAUUUACAUAGCUGAGGAACCAGCGGAUCAACAGAAGAGACAUAAAGAUAACAGAAAUACGCAAGCUAGUUACAAAACUAACAAUGCAACGGCUAAAAAGAACGAUAGUAACGCCAAUGGGACUGGAAUUUACCGCAGUAACACUCCUCAAAGGAGUAAGUAUUGGACAGCAAACAACGGGGUGGGUGUAAGGAAAGGUGGCUUGAAAAACUAAUGCUUUGCCCAUAACCCUCUUUUGGUAUAACGAGGAGCUAUUAAAUCUAUCUACGGUUGCCAAUAACCUUAUUCGUCACUUGGACAUCACCAAUGAUACUCCUUGUUUGCACAUUAUCUGUUACCACAUCCAAAGGCAUCAAAGACCAUAAGUUUCUUGAACCUGAGUCAAAUUUAUUCAAAGAGCUGGGCCCGUUCAUUUCAAACGUUAUUUGUCAUAUUUAGUUUCGGAUCUCGACAAAUGAAACUCGUAAUGAUGAUCUUCCGAAUUUAACUGAUACCUAGAAUAAUCAUCAAUAGAUAGGGCUCUUGUUGUAUGAUAACAAAAGGAGAGACUUGCAAUGCAUGUCGCCUGACACGCUGCAGGUCUUUCAUAUAUAAUUAUCAAACGUUCUUUGCUGGUCCUUUUUUUUUCCAAAACAGAUGCAAUAUUUCAAGAGGCACUCACGGCUCACAACAAAUUCAGAUCACUUCAUCACGUCCUCCCUUUACAGUGGAAUGCCACGCUAGCAGAACAAGCGCAGAAUAUAGCAGAGUCUGUAGCCAGUGACCCGUCCACUUUCCAAGGCGAGCCAGCGGGUGAAAACAUCGCACAGAUAUGGCAUGAUCUGCAGAGGGCACCUCUCAAGGCCACUACUAUAUGGUACGGUGAGAAGAAGGCGUACAGCUUCUCCUAUCCAGUUCUCAAUGACAAAGUAAAGCACUUCACACAGAUGAUAUGGAAAGACACCAAUCAGCUAGGCAUGGGGGCAGCGCCAAGCCCCAGCGGUAAGUACGUCAUUGUGGUGGCACUGUACCGUCCCCUGGGAAAUGACAGUCACCGCUUGAGAGACAAUGUUCAAAAGGCCGGGCAACAGCAAGAUGUGUACGCAACAAUAAAGCAAAAGAUUUUUAAACCAAACGGUGAUAAAAAAGACAAUGUCGGUAAAUCAUAACCCAAAGAUGUGCAAGCCACAAGACAGGAAAACAACCACAACAACUUUGAUCGCCGGACCUUACUCUAAGUGCAAACAUAUUACAAAAAUGCCAGUUAUAACACACGUCCAUUAUCAUCAAAGCAUUUGUAUUAAGAAAAACAAAAAACACAGAAAAUGAUGCAGUCUAAGACCCUGUUUACAUGGAAUGGGGGACCCCGGUCUAGUGGGGUAGGUUUCUUUUGUUUUGUGUCCCCCAGAGCGUGAAAACAAAAGAAACCAACCCCACUAGACCGGGGUCACCCACUCCACGUAAACAGGCCCUAACUCUGAUCCCCAUUCCAUCACUGACACUUCCUCGGAUAAGUUUUCGAGCUUUCCGUUAUACCAUGUCACAUUCCAGGUAACGUGUAAAUACCCUUGCUGUUUUCAUGCAUUCAACCAUUCUCCUAACUAUUCUAAACUGCGAUGACGCGAUCUUAUUUCUGCGCGCUUCAAUGACUUUCUCGCAAAAUCAGAAGACCUGUUCGAAGGUCACAAUUAUUCACGCUUGUGCCACCAAUUAAUCGAAAAAAG